UUCCUUCCUAUUCUCCUAUCCCCAUAAUGAAAUUCUGUUAAAAAAAAAAAAAGAAAAAAAACGAAAACACUUCCUUUUAUUUAUCUUCUGGAAAACUUGUUUAAGAAGUUUGAAAUUCAAACAACAGAAUCCCAGUCAUACUAGUUUCAUUUCAUAUACUAAAAAAAAAGGUAAAGGUUAGUGGCCAUGGAGGAGGCUAGAACGGAACUAGGUGUUGAUCAAAAGAAGGAAGAAGAGAAAUGGGUAACCCACUAUUCAUCCAAGCAUCAAAUUCUCUUUGUGGGCGAAGGAGAUUUCUCUUUUUCUUUGAGUUUGGCCAUUGCUUUUGGCUCUGGCUCCAACAUUUGUGCUACUUCUCUCAACUCAGGAGGUACAAAGAGAUACACCCAAAUUGAUUUUUAAUAGGAUUUAGAAGAUGUGAUUAAAUUAUUAGUGCAUUAAGAAAAAAAAAAUAAUUUUAACCUUUAAGAAUUAUUUACGCUGUACUAGAAACUUGAAGUUGUCUUUUAUUGUUCUUGGUGUCUCUAGUGAUGUAAUCAAGAAGAAUUUUUAGA